AUGGAUCACUUUUCUCGAUUUGUUCAAUUAUAUCCAUUAAAAAAAGCUACUGGUGUUGCCACAAUCAAUCGAAUAAUUAAUAAUUAUAUACCGGAUUGGGGUAAACCGAAAAUUAUAGUCUCUGAUCAUGGCAAACAAUUUAUUAGUAAAGUUUGGCAGUCUAAGUUAUCGAUGCUUGGAAUUCCACCUACAUUGACUAGUGUUUAUCACCCACAGUCAAAUCCAACCGAACGGGUGAUGAGAGAACUAGGACGUUUGUUUCGUACUUAUUGUUCUGAGUAUCAUGCUGAAUGGCCUCGCUACGUUUCAUAUAUCGAGUGGGUUUUGAAUAAUACCAUUCACGAGUCCACUAGUUUUACUCCAAUCGAACUUUUCUUUCCGGAGAAACAUCAGUCAUUGAUUCAAACUAUAGUAGAUUUUCCAACAGGUAGUGAUAUUCAGCUCGAAACAAAGUUUGAGAUAGCACGUGAAUUUCAAAAGAGCAAAGCAUUUGCUCGAAAACAACGUCAUGACCGCAUAGGUCCACACACUACUUUUAAUAUCGGAGAUACUGUGUUGGUGCGAUCACACAAAUUAAGUUCAGGUGCUGACAAAAUAAUCAAUGUCAAAAAUACUAAUUCAUAUGUCCUCCAAGAUCCUGAUAAUGGGAAGAUUAAGGGAACAUAUAAUAUCAUCUUUUUGCGGAAGUACAGAGAUCCUAAUCAAUAA